AUGGGCAUUGAUGAUUUUCUACCAGAAACUAGUUUUGACAACAAAUCUGAUGACAACCCUUAUAGUAUUAAUGUCAUUGAACGUGAAUGUAGACCAAAUGAGUACAAAUUAAUAGGAGGUAUGAAACUAGUAAAAAGAAAAAAGCCCAAAAUAAUCGGCUCCAUCGGGCACCAUAAAGAUAAGGAACCAGAAAACUAUUUUAGGGAGUAGCUAAUGCUUUAUACACCAUGGUGAAAGGAAAGCACUGAUUUGAUAAAAGACUGUCAAACUUACCAAGAACGGUUUGAACAAGUUAAGGAUGAAGUUGUCUACAAUACGUGCCAAUAUGAGUACCAUUCAGAAAUACUAGAUAAAGCAAUAAACGAUAUGAAUAAUACUGAAUUUGACAACUUUAACAAUGUUGCUCCAAAUGCAGAACAUAUCAAUAAGCAGGACUGUGCUAUCAAGGAGAAGCAUAGUGAAUUAUUUGGUUGCUUUGACCCUGGAACAAGUUAAGGAUGAAGUUGUCUACAAUACGUGCCAAUAUGAGUACCAUUCAGAAAUACUAGAUAAAGCAAUAAACGAUAUGAAUAAUACUGAAUUUGACAACUUUAACAAUGUUGCUCCAAAUGCAGAACAUAUCAAUAAGCAGGACUGUGCUAUCAAGGAGAAGCAUAGUGAAUUAUUUGGUUGCUUUGACCCUGGAAAAAAAAAGCAGCAUAAUCAGUAUGAUUUGCCUGAUGGUAUAUGUAUUUUCCCUAGAAAUAAUGAUGACAAAGAACUUCUUAUAAAGUGCAUGUCUGAUAAUGAUUAUUAUGCACUUGUCCGUUCUUUGAAAGAAAAACGAAAAUAUAUUUUUUUAUCAUGUAUUAAAUUUAGUCAAAACUAAAGAUGAACCUCUCAGAUGAUGUGAAAGUUGUGGAAACAGCCCAUACUGGUAAGGCAUCAUUCAACAUAGGAGGUAAAACAUUGCAUUCUGCUUUUAAGAUACCUGCUAAUAGAGGUUUUGAGUAUUGUGCAAUGAACAGUGACUAA